CUAUAGUGCUAUUCGAAAUUAUCUGUUUCCCUUUCGCCUGCCUUUUCGUCUCUCAGGAGUGAACACAAUGUCCUUCCUCCAUCGCAUUCUUCAUCGCACCUUCUCUACCUCACUUCAAUCCUCUGUCUCCAUCAAGUCAAUAUCCGAAGACCUCUACAAGGAACGCGACCUCAAGCGCCUCGUCGACAAAUUCAAGAAAGCAUCCGAAUAUUCUCGUUUCCGCACCAAAAGUGGCAUAUACGAAGACACUGUUCGUCGCCUUGCCGUCGCCAAACGCUUCAAAUGGGUCGAAGAGAUCCUCGAAGAACAAAAGAAGUACAGUGACAUCGAAAGAGAAGGCUUCUCGGCCCGUCUGAUUACUCUGUAUGGCAGUGCUGGUUUGUGUGAGAAUGCACAUAAGAUGUUUGACGAAUUGCCUGAAAGAAAUUGUACGCGCACCGUGCUUUCUUUGAAUGCUCUUUUGGCUGCGUAUUUACACUCUAAAAAGUUUGAUAUGGUGGAUUUCGUUUUUAAGAAGGUAACCUCGAAGCUGUCUAUUGAACCCAAUUUGGUGUCUUAUAAUACUGUUAUUAAGGCGUACUGUGAGAUGGGUAAUCCUGAUUGGGCUAUUUCAUUGCUUGAGGAGAUGGGAAACAAGGGAAUAGACCCGGAUUUGAUCACAUACAAUACGCUUCUUGAUUGGUUGUAUAGGAAUGAUCGUUUUCUAGAUGGGGAGAAAUUAUGGAGUCAAAUGAGUGAGAAAAAUGUUGCUCCUAAUAUCAGGACCUACAAUGCUAGGUUAAGGGGAUUGGCUAUGGAGAAGAAAACUAAAGAUGCCGCUGAGUUGUUUGAUAAAAUGAAGAAUGAGGCUAUCAAGCCUGAUAUGUUUAGCUUCAAUGCUUUGAUUAAAGGUUUUGUUGACGCGGAUGAUUUGUGCGAAGCUAAAAAGUGGUACGCUGAGAUAUCACAUUCUGAGCAUGACCCUAACAAGAUAACUUAUGUGACUCUUCUUCCAUUCUUAUGUGAGAAGGGUGAUUUGACAACUGCUUUUGAAUUGUGCAAAGACAUAUUCAAUAUACGGUGUCUUGUUGACCCAUCAAUUCUGCAGCUUGUUGUGGAUAGUUUGGUGAAGCAGUCUAUGAUUACAGAGGCAAAAGAGAUUGUGCAACUUGGGGAAACGAAUGGCUAUCGUCGCUACAAGCUAAAUUUGAAGGCAGAUAAGUAAAGUGGCAUGUGUUCUUUCUUAUUGUGCCUAAUUGUUUUUGUACUUUAUCCUCUGUCAUAAUCUUAGCCAUAACCUGUAAACGGUUUUGAUGGGGCAUUCUGAGCUCAAGUAAUUGAUUGCUUGAAAAUGGGAUAUGCAGUUUACUUGUUUUUUUGUAUGAUCUUGUAUGCCUAAUUGCAAUUUAGUUUCCCAUUAUCUCUAAUUUGUAAUUUGAACAAAAAUGUACUUUUCAUUGAAUGUUAAAGGGGUUCAAUUA